ACAUGACAACUUAUUCGGCCAUUGUUGUUCAAUGUUCAUAGCGAAAAAGCGAUUUGCCGUUAUUUGAUCUUUGUGCUUAUUUUGUUCUCAUAAUUCAUAGUUUCCGAUGGCUAUACCUGAUUAUAAACUUAGUACUGUAUUGUGUGGGCACUCACUUGAUGUGCGAUGUGUAGCAAUAACCAAAGAAUCUUGUAUUUUGUCAGGCUCCCGUGAUAGAACUGCAAAAUUAUGGCACCCGGAAGGAGUGAAAGAUUUUGUAAAUGUUGUUUCAUACAAAGGCCACAACAACUUUGUAUCAUGUGUGUGCUGGUUCUCACCUUGUGAAGCUUUUCCUGACGGUCUUGUUAUAACAGGCAGCAAUGACAAUACAAUUAUUGGUUAUAAUUUACAAGAUGGAACAAUUCUUAUAACUUUAAAAGGGCAUGAGAAUGCUGUGUGCAGUAUUGCAACUAGCCGAGAUUCAGGAAUACUUCUAAGUUCAAGUUGGGAUAAUACUGCAAAGGUAUGGAAUAUCAACAAUAUUCAUUCAGAACCUCUAACACUCAAAGGCCAUCAAGCUGCGGUGUGGGCAAUAGUUGAACUUGGUAAUGGGACAUAUGCAACUGCAUCAGCAGAUAAAACUAUUAAGCUAUGGAAGAAAGAUGGUAGUGGCAUAUCAACUUUAACAGGUCACACGGAUUGUGUGCGAGGUCUGGCUGUGGCUACUUCCGAGGUAUUUCUAAGUUGUUCCAAUGAUGCCACUGUCAGAUUGUGGACUAAUAAAGGAGAACGACUUAAUACUUACUAUGGACACUCUAAUUAUAUUUAUAGUAUCUGUAUUAAUCCUGGGGUGCCCAACAGCUUCACAACAUGUGGUGAAGAUGGUACUGUGAGACUGUGGUCUAACGGAGAUUGUGUCAGAGAGAUACACCUUCCGGUGCAGUCCGUUUGGAGUGUCACAUGUUUGGAUAAUGGAGAUAUUGUUACAGGAUCUAGUGAUGGUGUGAUCCGGGUAUUUACCAAGGAUCCAGCAAGGUAUGCUGAUGAAGCAACUAUCAAAGCAUUUGAGGAGGAAGUUGAGAAAAUGCAGUUUGCUGCCAAACAAGAAAUCGGAGGCUAUAAACUUUCUGAUAUACCCGGACCAGAAGUAUUGUUAGAAGCAGGCAAGACAGACGGACAGACAAAGUUAGUUAGACGUGGCACUAACGUCAAAUGUUACUCUUGGAGCGCCGCCGAGUGUACCUGGAAUGAAGUCGGUGAUGUGAUGGGAGCGCAGCCUCCCACCGAGGGCAAGACUAUGUACCAGGGAAAGGAAUACGACUAUGUAUUCAGUGUUGAUAUCAAAGAUGGCGCACCCCCAAUUAAGCUACCAUUCAACAAGACUGAGGAUCCUUGGGUAGCGGCACAAGCCUUCAUACAUAAAAAUGAUCUACCCCAAGUGUACUUAGAACAAGUAGCAAAUUUCAUAAUAACUAAUGCGAAAUUAAACACGCUUCCUACGCCCAGUAACGGUUACGCAGAUCCGUUUACUGGCGAAUCUCGCUACGUACCAGGAUCAGGUCCAACAACGAGAACUGUCACCGCUAUGGACCCAUUUACCGGCGCAGGCGCAUAUACAACUGCAGCAGCCUCUAACACCUCGGUGACAACUGUCAGUGACAAGCGGUACAUACCUCAUGAUGCUUAUAUCAGAUUCGAUCAAGCAAACCUAAAAGCAAUAUAUGAUAAGUUAAAAGAAUUCAACAGUAAAACUGGUGAUGGUAACAAUUCAUUCACAGACGAGCAACUAGAAAGUAUUGUUAAAUUAGGUGAAAUGAAUAGUUCAUUCAAUCCUGAUACAAUCAGUUUAUUGAAAAAAAUGCUGGAAUGGCCAAAAGAAAUUCUGUUCCCCGUAUUAGAUGUGACGAGGUUAGCUAUAAGAAGAAAGGAUAUCAACGGACAGAUAUUUGACACAACUUAUGGACCUAACUUUGUCAAAUAUCUCCUCUCCUUACUUAAUCCAGAUAAUUUAGCGGCUAACCAAAUGCUUGCGAUGCGUGUGUUGGUGAAUGCGUUCAGUGAUCUCGCGGGUGAGAUGCUGGUGCUGGCGGCGCGCGAGAGCCUCGUACACUGCAUCAUAUGUCUCACGCAUCUCAACAACAAUGCACAGAUCGCAGCGGCGUCCCUGUUACUGAAUCUGUCUGUGGCGCUCGCGCAGCAACCAGAUAUUGCGGAACUCGUCGACUGUAUACUACAUCUGCUCAACAGACUUACAGAUAAUGAAGCUUAUUUCAGAGGUUUAGUGGCACUGGGAACACUUCUAGCUGAAUCCCCACAAAAACUUCCAAUACAAACGAAAAUUGUCUCCAACACUCAGUUACACAAUAGACUGAAGAAAGAUUGCAACAAUUCGACAAGUGAUGCCAAUCUUAAGAAAAUAUCAAUGUGUUCCCAAGAAAUUAUCAAAUUAUUAUGAAGUUUUCAUAAAAAUAUUUAUAAUAUGAUUGAAUCUUACUUUUAUAUUCCAGCUAUUUUGAAUGCACUCGCUAGCUGACAUUAUUUAGCUAUGAAUUUGAAAUUUUUUCAUUAUUUAUCAUACAGUAAAAACCGGUUAUGACAACAUUGAAGGAGCUCGGCCAUAUUCAGUCGCAAUAACCGAUAUCCUCUGGACAUGUUCCUUUGAAAUGACAACUUUUGCUACCUUGCGACUUAAAAACGCUAGUUACUGCCGAUAUCUAAUAUUUCAAAAUGGCGAAACUGAAUUAGGCACAAAAUACUACAUCUCAUAGCCUAUCCAGUGGAGGUCAAUAUUUAUAAGGCAGUUAUGGUUCGGCCAGGAUCUUUGGUUUUGUUAGUUUCCGGUUUUUACUACAUUUGCUGUAUAUUGCAACACCUCUAUGGUUGCCAGCUUUUAAUAGUUCAAAUGGUAAUAGGUAAAUAAAAAAGUUUUUGUUUUUAAAUAUUU